AUCACCGCGCGCGUUGCCGGGCCCGCAGCUCCCCUGUCCCUGUCCCUUCCCCUGUCCCUGUCCCGUCCUUUCCCGUCCCUUUCCCGCUGCCAUGACCCGCUGGGCCCGGCGGAACGCCCCGCCCGAGGCCCGGGCGCUGCCCGCCACCCCCUGGGAGCAGCUGAGCGCCGAGCCGGAGCCCAAGAGGAGGAGGAGGAAAAAGGAGUACGAGAACCAGGAUGUGAACGGGUUCGGGCAGCGGCUGCAGCAGCAGCAGCAGGAGGAGGAGGAGGCGCUGAGGAAGGACAGGCGGAGGGAGAGCAGGAGGCUGAGGAGGCAGGAGAGGAAGAAGAACGCCAUGGUGUGUUUCCACUGCAGAGAGCCUGGCCACGGCGUGGCUGAUUGUCCUGCGGUGCUGGAGAGCCAGGACAUGGGGACAGGGAUCUGCUACCGCUGUGGAUCCACGGAGCACGACCUCAGCAAGUGCAGAGCCAAGGUGGAUCCAGCUGCCGGGUCGCUUCCCUAUGCGAAAUGUUUCAUCUGUGGUGAGAUGGGGCAUCUGUCGAGGUCGUGUCCGGAUAAUCCCAAGGGAUUGUAUGCUGAAGGUGGGGGCUGCAAACUGUGUGGCUCUGUGGAGCACUUCAAGAAGGACUGCCCAGAGAAGCAGAACGCAGAGCAGGUGACGGUCGGGCGCUGGACCCCCGGCCUGAGCGCUGACCACGAGGACGUCGCGGCCGCGCCGGCGCCGCAGAGAGCUCAGCCCAAGGCACACAAAGUUGUCACUUUCUGAAGGCCUCCCAGACAGUUCCUCUGCGCUGCUGCACUCCAGAGAGGAUCCAGAAAAUCAUCCAGGCUGUGGAGGAAUUGUUGGUUUUCCAUCUCCCCUCAUUUUCCCAGUUUGUCUCCUGGCUCGCUGGGAUGCUGGGAACAACAGGAACACAGCAAGUGCCUAUUUCAUGAAAGGAAUUGUGGGUGUUCUUUAAAGGUUCUUGUCGGAUUCCAGUUUGGUUUUGCCUUUCCCUUUUAGGAAUAAUGAACUUAUUCCUGCCUAAAUUCCAGCUUGAGCAGCCUGGUGGUGAAGUUACAGAUCAGCCCUGAGGGCUGCCGAGCUUGGGGUGCAGAUCCUGGUGGUUGUGGUUGUUACUCUCAGCCCUUAACCUGAUUUGAGUGUGUUCACUUAGAGAAACCUGUGGUGAAACACACCCCUGAAGAAUUGGACAGCAAGUGAGAAACUGUCUUAGUUUAUUCAUUUAUUUUUCAAAUGCUCAAAAAUGUGCAUGUUUCCAUGCCUUGAUAAGUUGGGGAUAAACUCGUUGUAUUGCUUCAUGGCAGACAAUACUUUUAAAUGGAGACCGCAGCUGUAGAAAAAUUUGUGGGUAUUAAAAAGAAAAAAUUAGGAAACCAACUCCAGAGUUCAGCCACCAGUGCUCCUGGAGAAGUGCAUUCCGAGCUCCCCUCAUGUACUUUCCUUGCAGCAAAAAACAAAUACGAGGAAUGAAAUUGUGCGGAGGUAUUUCAUAUUUGUACAGGCAAUUAUUUUUAAUAAAAUGCUGCUAAAGAA